AUGAAUGCCCCUCAAGCGCUUGGGUAUGCACCUGGCGUCUCGCUCGCCCCGCAAGAAUCCCAAGCCUCUCCAACCGCCGCCAGUUUUGGUUCAAACAACCCUUUCCGUAACCGUGCCCUCUCCCCCUCAGUCGCUGGAUCGGUCUCUUCAAACACUCGCCCGGAACGACCUCGCUCGACAAACCCUUUCCUAGACGACAGCGAAGCGUUGUCUCCCCAGUCCGCCCCUGGAAUGGCUUCCGGCGCUAUGGUCUCUCCAACCGAGAAGACCGACAUCUCAAGCCACACUCGUGAACUCUUUGAGAGCCUCUCUCUCAAACCCGCCCCUCAGACAAAUCGCCGACCAUCGGACGAUCGAACUGCUGCGAGCCGCACUCGUCCCCCAAGGGAGCGCCCCUCCGAGCGAUCGGCCACAUCCAAGGGGAAGGACCCGCUCGACAUCUUCGCUGACCCCCCAUCCAAGUCCGCUAGCACUCGGGCGCCGCCUCGGCGACCGCGCCGCAACUCAGAAUCUUCGGUGAUGGACCGCGGAUCCAAGUUGUUGGACGUCGAUGACAGCGAGAAGCGCCGCAGGGAGCGACGGAACCGCGAGCGCGAGGGUCGCAGUAAAGAUACUAAGGAUGGGAAGUCGCGAUCUGGCCGCAAGGACCGCCGACUGGAUAUCAUUGAUAAGUUGGAUGUGACGAGCAUCUACGGCACUGGAAUGUUCCACCACGAUGGUCCUUUCGAUGCUUGCAACCCUCACCGUAACCGCCGCGGUGUCCGUACUGCGCCCAUGCAGGCCUUCCCCAAGGGCUCUACCAACAUGGCCCUUGGUGGAACCGGCCCCAACAACUCCAACAUUGAUCUGAACCUCUUCCACGGGCGCCAAGAGGAAGGACACAAUGACUUCGCCACUGCCGCCCGCCGCAACGCCGAUUCGGGCAACAGCUUCGAUCCCACUGCUCGAGUGGACCCCAUCCACGGUCCCCAGAGUAUGGGACUGGGAACCAGCACCUUCCUCGACGGUGCUCCCGCCAGUCGAUCCGCUAUGGCCCGUCGCCAGAGCGAGAACGAGGGUUCUCUUGCGCCAAACGGGGGCCUUGCCCGUAAGAAGAGUCUGGCACAGCGAUUACGUGGGCGAACCACCGGUCCUGGCCGUGUCACCUCCCCCGAAUACUCCACACCCCCGCCAGCACUGGGCUCUAGCCACUCUGCAUCCUCCCGCAACAAUGAGCGAAACCCAUACUUCCAAGACCAAGACUACGACGAAGAAUGGGAUAAAAAGGGCUCUAGCAUCGAGGCCCGCAUGGAGGGUGGUCGUCUCCGAUCAUCCAGCAGCCCGAAGCAAGCAACAGGUCUGGAGCGCAAGCCCACAAACGAUCGCUACGAAGAGUCUAAGCUCAACCCCGGCGGUGGUGGUUUCCUAAACCGCAUGAAGAGUUUGCGCAAACCCAAGCCGGAACGCCGCACCAGUGAUUGA